GGACUUCCCUCUUUGUCUCUCCUUCUUCACUUCGGACGUCAUCUGAGUUCCGGAGAAGGUGAAGAAGAAGACAUGUCGAACAGGGAGAACAAGAAGCGACGCAACGAGGAGGCCGCCGCCGGCGACUCCGACGGGGCGCCGCCGCCGAAGAGGGAGGCUAAGCGAGAAACCGGGGACGCUACCGGCGACAUCCUCGUCUGCGAGUUGUCGAAAAAUCGGAGGGUCGCCGUGCGGAGGUGGCAGGGGAUGGUCGUAGUGGACAUCAGAGAGUUCUACGCCAAGGAUGGGAAUCAGCUCCCUGGAAGGAAAGGUAUCACACUCUCCAUUGAUCAGGUAUGCACUGAGCAUCCUUCCAAUCACAACAUUCUUUUUUGUCUUUCUACUAAAAACCCCUAAAUCGUCUUGGAAAAAGAAAGAAGGCACUUUCGUAUAAUCAUUAAAACAUCAGCCAUGUGUUUGAUGCCAGGUUAGAUCCCCCCCUCCCCCCUUCUUUUCAACAAAAUCAAAUGGCCAAAUUACAGUUGGUUGUAUGCUUCAAAGGACAGUUUUCUUGUGCCUCCUAUCAUGUGAUUCUCUCUGCUUUAAUUUAACUCUUUUUCCUAAUGAAGUGGAAAAUACUUCAUGACCAUAUUGAAGAGAUCAACAAGGCAGUGACUGAGAAUGCAUAGCUUCAAGUCGUGAUUGAAAGCUGCAGCAGUAGUUGGUGGCAUUUUGAUCUUUUUUGGCGAGGUUUUGGUGGUCUUGUUUACUGUGGUUGUAAAUGUUGGUGAUGUUACAUUUUGUCUUCUAGCAUGGAGAGGAUGAUGCCCCUGUUCACAUUUUGUAAGUAUGGAUGCCAAAUGGGACUGCACUGGCAUCUAGCAGAAACUCUUGAAACAACUGGAAAAAAAAAACAUUUUCUGCCUGAAACUUGCCUUCAAAAAAGGCUAUUUCUAUCCAUAU